AUGUUUUCUUGACACUACCUCCCCUCUUUGACUCAACCAACGCCAUGUUUUCUUGUCCUGCUUUAAAAACAGCAUUGAGUUUCAGCUGCUGCUUCUUAGAAUUCUGAUAUCGAGUAGAGUAGAAAGUCGAAACACUGCGCGAGAUAAUGGUUGAGAGUGUUGACACUGGCCACUCUGCUCUCGCCAAUGCAUUAGAUAUUGAGCAGAUACCCCUAGAAGCACAGCAUCGGUGGUUUCGCCCAGAUGAAAUAUGUGAAAUUAUUCAGAAUUAUAAGAAAUUUGGAAUUACCCCAGAACCCCUUAAUCAGCCACCAAGUACCAUUCCCCAACUUAAAUUGGCAUUAGCCAUAAUUCCUUUUGCUAGAUAAUGAUAUUUGUCCUGAUGGCAUCUAGAAUUUUCAUUGACAUGAAUCUAAACCUUGAUUUUGUGUGGCAGUGCAUCUCUUAGGGUCAUUUGUUUGACCUUUAAAAUUAGUUAGCUUUUUUGUUGCCUACCAAGAACUUUUAGUUGAUAAAUCCAAUUCCUUUCAUGUGUACUCGGUGUCAGCUAGGCCUAUUCUUUCCUCAAAAAUUGUGGCUUAUGGAUUAUGAAAACUUUGGUUGUUGAGUGUAUUUUCUUAAAUGUUUCUCAAUUUUAAUGCACUAGCUUCUCAAUAUAAUUAGCACAAUUUG